AUGGAUUGUUGUCGACAUUAUAAUAUGAAACGUUGUCGACAUUAUAAGAUGAAACGUUGUCGACAUUAUAAGAGGAAACGUUGUCGACAUUAUAAGAUGAACCGUUGUCGACAUUAUAAGAUGAAACGUUGUCGACAUUAUAAGAGGAAACGUUGUCGACAUUAUAAGAUGAACCGUUGUCGACAUUAUAAGAUGAAACGUUGUCGACAUUAUAAGAUGAAACGUUGUCGACAUGAUAAGAUGAAACGUUGUCGACAUUAUAAAAUGAAACGUUGUCGACAUUAUAAGAUGGAAUGUUGUUAA